UUAAGCUGGUAUUCGUGUGUACGAACUGACGGUAUCCGAACCCUUCACAUGUGAGUGGUCUGGGAGUCGAGCUGGACGCCACGACGCCACCAUCAUCAUCAUCUAACACUUGACAAGAUGUCCAGGCACACAGACGGCGUUUAAUUGAAUCCCGAGGAAGGUGAAGAGAGAGAGAGAAGGAGUGUUGUAGGAGGUCCACCAGCCUCCUCUAUCAAGAGACGCCCAGCAUCACUAUAGAUAAGCAAGAUGGACGGGGAAUUGCUGAUGGAAGUACCUCAGAACUUGCAGAUGCUUGUUCGUCUGGUGGUACGUGGUUUCUACACCACUGAAGACGUCCUCAUUAUUGACAUGCUUGUCAGAAAUUUUUGUAUGAGUGAAGAGGAUCUAUGCGAAUUACUUAAAUUUGACCGCAAGAUGCUGCGGCAACGCAUCAACACGCUACGUGCUGAUAAAUUUAUCCAAGCAAGAAUGAAGAUGGUGACACUGGAGGAUAACAAGACACAAAAAGAGCAGUACUACUUCAUAGAUUACAAGAGCUUCGUCAAUGUAGUAAAGUACAAAUUAGAUCAUAUUAGAAAAAAGCUAGAGAUGAAGGAACGUGACCAGACAAGCCGAGCAUCCUUUAUUUGUCACUACUGCCAACGAUCCUACACAGAUCUUGAGGCUGAUCAGCUGCUUGACAUAUUAACUGGUCAACUAUUAUGCAUCAUUUGCAAGCAAGAAGUACAAGAAGAUAUGUCAGGAAUGCCACGGCAUGACACCCGUUUACUGCUCUCAAAAUUUAACGAACAAAUGGAGCCUCUCUUUAAUCUUUUGCGUGAGGUCGAAAAUAUCAAAUUAGCUGCCAAAUUCUCAGAACCUCAACCCAAAGACUUUAGUGACCUUAAGAAACCAGGUCAAAUGCGGUCCAUAAAAACCUUGAACCAAGGAAGUGAUUCGGGUCGUGCAUGGUCUGGAGAUGCCACCAAAAAGUCUGGAUUUCAGGUUGAAGGGUCUAUUGAUGUUAAUAUUAAUGCAGAAGGCACUGGAGAAGAAACUGUUUUGGCGAAGGAGAAGCCUUUCUGGUUGUCAGAUGCCAACUCGCUCAUCACCACAAACAUUACAUCGUCAGAACCAGUUAAUCCGCAGAAUGAGGUUAAAACAGCUCCAUCUGUCAGCAAUAACCAGCAACAGUCUGGUACUGGAGCGGAUGAUGUGAUGAUGUUGUUGCAAGCACAUGAACGCAAAGCCAAGAAAGGUAGCGGCCGCAAUUCUGAUAGUGACUCAGAUGACAGCGCUGAGGAGACUACAACCAAGAGAGCAACAAAUGCCACUUCUGAAACUGCAUUUGGCCCAGAGUCUAGAGGUGUGGAGGAGAAUGAACUAAUGGUUUCUGAUGAUGACGACACCGUUCCGCAAGUGAGCGUUGCUGGAGAGAAGGUAGCAAUCACAGAAGUGGACAAUGCCCUCAUUGCUAAGAUGACUCAAGAAGAGAAGAAUGCGUACAUGCUAAUUUAUCAGGAUUAUAUUGGUUCAAUAGAUGACUAAAUGUAUUUUGCUUCAUUUCAGUUUUGUUGAACAUGGAUUCUAUAGUUGACAUUUUUAUAGCCGUUGUUCCAGGUACUGUUGAAAAUGAGGGACAUUUUAAAUACUACAGAGUACUCACAACUUUGAGCUACGCAUCAUACCUGUAGAGGUAGACGGGAUAUCAUUAGUACUAUGCAAUGCUUACCUGUUGGUGGGUAGCAGAUAUGGAGGUUCAGUUUGUGGACUCCUUUUCCUUGUUGGUAGUCUGGUGCAACUGCUCUCAACCCUCAUCCUUUUUCAUAACUGUUACUAAGAUUUGAGUUGGAUGGAGUAGAAGGGAAAUAUAUGCCUGAGUCCCACCACCACCUUGUACAUGUUUCACAUUUUUUGCCAUAUUUACAUUGAAGGAGUACAUCAAGUUCCCUUGGAUUGAGAAACCAUAGAAGCUGUCGGAUGGGAUUGAACCCUCGUACCUGAACUCCCAGUCAUACAGCUUCAAUACUUUGUCAUGUAUCUUGUAUUGUGAUUUCAUUGUACAUGUCCCAUUAGAUUGUGUUUCUAGCUUACAUCUGUUUCCUCUUGACAAAAACAGGCUCUUUGUCCACUUGGUGUAUGAUUCAAUCAUUUAUAUAUAAAGUCCAUUUUCUUUCUUUCCUCGGUUACAUUUAAUUUAACUAUUUUAGCGUGUCUUGUGGAGUUAAUGUGUCUCGUGAAAUAGAGGAACUUAAUUUCCACAAUGUUCAUGGAGAGGUAAGGAGUCACUGUCAGUACUGUGCUAUACAGUGCCAUGUGAAGGUAAGGCACCAUGGUCAGUACUGUGGUGUGCAGUGCUCACAAUGCUCAUGGAGAGGUAAGGAAUCACUGUCAGUAUUGUGCUAUGCAGGGCUCAUGAUGCCAUGUAAUGCACUGCAGCCCAUUUGUACCUAUUUUGCCCUUUCAAAAUCUUUAGAUCAUUUGUUAUAAGUUUCCCCAUAUUUAGAUGUGCCAUUAAAAAUUGCACAAAAGUGAAAAGGGAAAAAAAAUAUUUCAAAGCUCAAAUGAAAAUAUAAAGUAUUUAUAAUAUUUGUAAUGGUUUGUAUGGAUCUCGACAAAAUAGUGGUAAUAAAUCCCACAAUAAAAUACAUGAAAACUUUUGUAAUAAACUUGCAAAUGUCA